UGUUGAUUGGGUCUUCUCGCUACCACCCAAACCAAACAAACCCUCUCUUCCCCUCUCUCUCUCUCUCUCUCUCGCUAAUCGCUAUCUACUCUCUCUCUCUCACAACAAACCCUCUCGAUUCCGAUUUCAAUUUUCAAGCCCUAAUUUCAAAUCUUCCGAUUGAUUCACCGUUCCUUCAAAUCUCCACCUCUCUCUCUCUCUCUCUUGUUUCUCUCUCUUCGGAUCUUCUCUUCCGAUGGCUGACAGCAAGCUUCAUCUCUCCGACGAUCUCAUCUCCUCCAAACUCUCUGAUAGUUCAUGGAAUCCGAAAGUAGAAGCUGCAGGUGGGAACGAUGAGGACAAGAUGCUGGGUUUGCUAGAUGAGUCUAAAGAUCAUGCAGGUCUGGAUAGCAGCAUCCCCUUGUCUCCUCAGUGGCUUUAUGCUAAACCAAAUGAGAGUAAGAUGGAAAUGCGUGCACCAAGUUCUCUCUCUCUUGGAAGUUCUGCUGAUUCCAAUGCGAAGGACUGGCGUCCAGAUGUGACCGAUGACAAAAAAGACUGGAGAAAAAUUGCAAAUGAAACUGAAAAUUCACGCCGCUGGCGGGAAGAAGAAAGAGAGACCGGCUUACUUGGUAGAAGAGACCGCCGGAAAACUGACAACCGUCGCGUUGACGGUGGUCGAGACACCACUGAUACUAGAGUUGCACCUACCACUGAGAGGUGGCACGAUGCCGGGAGCCGUAAUCCUACUCAUGAACCCCGUCGUGAUAGUAAAUGGUCGUCUAGGUGGGGCCCAGACGAAAAGGAUAAGGAAGCCAGGUCCGAAAAGAAGACAUAUGUUGAGAAGGAAGAUAAUCAUGGUGAAAAUCAAACGCAUUCAAGCACCAUAAGAUUAACAUCCGAGCGAGAUCCCGACUCCCGUGAUAAAUGGAGGCCAAAACACAGGAUGGAGGCGAGUUCUACCGCACCGGGUUCCUUCCGGGCUGCACCAGGGUUCGGGCUGGAGAAAGGACGUGCUGAUGGUCCAACCACAGGCUUCACCGUUGGUCGUGGCAGGGCUAGUGGAACACUUGCGAGGCCUUCAUCUGCAGGAUCUACGGAAACCAAUGCUAGCGUUCCUGGAAAGGCUGUUUUUUCUGCUGGCAUGUUUUUUUAUCCAAGGGGAAAGCUUCUUGAUAUAUACCGUACACAGAAACUUGACCCUUGUUUUGCUAACAUGCCUGAGAAAAUCGAGCAAGUAUCUUCUAUAACAGAAGUGACUGCUGUUGAACCACUUGCUUUUGUUGCGCCUGAUAAAGAUGAGGAGGCUAUUCUUGGUGAUAUAUGGAAGGGGAUUAUUACAAGUAGUGAGGUGUCUUACAGUCCUUUUCCAAAGGCCAGGGCACCUGAGAAUAUCGCAGAUGCUGGAAAAGAUGAUAAUCUCUCAUCGGUGGAGGAACUGGUUGAUCCAAAGAAACUGGAGAGUACGCUACAUUUUAAUGAUCCUAAUUAUAACUUGACAUAUGGGGAGCAAAGCGUUCCAGAAAUGGAGUCAUAUGAAGGGAAUACAACAAGGUCAAAGAGUGGAUUUAUAGUCAGCAAUCAUGAUGAUACUGCUAGUUCUAAAGUUACCGAUUCAGCUUUCAUGAAGCAUCAGCUGUUUGAUGAUGUGGUAACGAACGAGCGUUCAAAUGAUUCAAACUCACUUUUUGCCAUGUCAUCGUCAUCUGAGCAAUAUUGGUCUGGAAAUAUGCAGCAGCAGCCCAUAAGGGGUAGUAUAAACAAACAUUUGGCUAGUGGUAUACCGCCUGAGGAGUUAAGUUUGUUUUAUUGUGACCCGCAAGGUGAGAUUCAGGGCCCGUUUCUCGGGGUUGACAUCAUUUCGUGGUUUGAACAAGGAUUCUUUGGGGCGGAAUUACCCGUUCGUGUGGUGGAUGCACCAGAAGGAACUCCCUUUGAGGAGCUAGGAGACGUUAUGCCGCACUUAAAAGCUGCACAGAGUUACACCAAUGAUGCUGACGUGGCAGUCCCUGCUUCUGUUUCCGAGAUGGGUGUUUUAACCGAAGAUCCUCGUUGGCAGUUAGCCGGUAAUAACGGUUUAUCCACGAAAUCAUAUUCUGAGGGUCAAGGCUUUCAUGAUGAAGAAAUUUUGUUCCCGGGAAACCCUGAAAGUUUUGUGAAACACGCGGUUCCUACCGACUUAACUGAACCUGGUGCACCGAGCCAGAAUGACAAUAAGAUGCACCCGUUCGGGCUAUUGUGGUCUGAGCUUGAAGGGUCGAGUUUAAGAAAAGACCAGCCAUCGAAAAUACCCUAUACUAGCGGCAUUCAGCAGCAACAUAUGAACCCGGUCGGUGGUGUAGCUGAUUACAGAAGGAAUACGCUUGCGGAAAGUAACUUAUAUCAAGAUGCCAUGUCAGCAUCCAACAUGAAUCAAGAAGCUAAUCACUUUGGUUUAGCAGAGAAACUUAGGUCUCAACAUAUUCAACAACAGUUACUUCAACAGCAUAAUCUUUUAUCUUCUUCGCACUUGAAUGAACAACGGUUUCCCGGUCAAGAUGUUGACCACUUUUUGGCACUUCAGUUGCAACAUCAACAACAGCAACAGCAGAGGCAGAUUCAGCUUCAACAACAAAUGUUACUAAAAGAGCAACAAUCUAGACAGCAAAUGCUGCUUGAACAAUUGGUACACAAUCAGAGGUCACGUACGGAUGUUCCGAGGUCCCAUAACGCGCUCGAUCAAAUGCUUCUGAAGCAGCAAAUUUUAAGUGAAAUGCAGCAACGUGAGCAAUUGAUUCAACAAGCAAAUUACGGUCAUCAAGGGCACACAAAUGAUCUCAUGGAGAUGAUGAUGCGUGCUAAACAUGAACAGCAGUUGCUUCAACGUGAGCAGUUGAGACAGUUGGCGUUGAGGCAGAGGGUUGAAAUGGAGGAAGAACGACAACUCGGUACUGACUGGUUUCACCGAGUUAACUCACCUGGGCUCGGUUCUUCAGAUUUGAGUCAGCUCGAACGGAACCUCUCGAUGCAAGAACGGAAUCUUUCGAUGCAGGAACGCAUUCAACACGGGCUUUAUGAUUCAAACCCGUUACCGUUUGAACGGUCGUUGUCAAUGCCAGGUGGCGGACCCGGAAUUAAUCUCGACGUUGCAGGCCGAUUUUCUUCCACUAACAAUUCUUUAAACCCUAAUAAUUUCCGUUCCUCACAUUUGGAUAUGAUGGAAGGACCGAUAUCAAAUGAGUGGAUGGAAUCACGGAUUCAACAAUUACAUAUUAAUAACGAAAAACAGAAACGAGAAAUGGAAGCAAGAAGGAACUCGGAGGAACAAAGUCAAUGGAUGUCUAGUGGGACCAGUGACGACACCUCAAAACGACUGCUUAUGGAACUACUACACCAGAAACCAUCCAAUCAACCCACUGAACCGCUAGAUAUAAACAGUGGACUAAAUAGUGGACUAAACCAUCACCCAUUUGGUGUUGUUGGAUCUUAUGGCUCGAGUCCUGGUACAACCAUGAAUGACAAUAUAAUGGGCUUUAAAGCCCAUGAAGAGAGCCUGGGCCCAUUAAAUAUGAGUACAGAAACUCAAGAAGGUAUGAUGACUCAGCAGGGUGGUGGUACUGCUAUAGAUCACAAUAUAAUGACAGUUAAUGCUGUUGCCAGACAUAACUCACAAAAUAUUGGCGACUUGUACAUGGACAACAUGGGACCCUCUGAUUCUUUUCCAGUAGACGUUAAAGAUCGGGUGACAGGUGCAUCUAGAAGGCCCGAAAGUAUUUUACUGAAACGCCCUCCGGUCCCACGUGCAGCCUCAACACAUGAAGGACUAUCUGAGCUGGCGUCAAAUUCAGAUAUCAGAGGGAGGAGUAUCCCUACCAUUAUAUCUCCCGAAGGCGGGAGACGAGAAGCAGUAGGCAAUGUAGCAAAUCAAGCGAAUGACAAUGCGACAGCUGGCAAGAAGGAUGUUCGUUUUAGGAGAACAUCGUCUUGUAGUGAUGCUGACGUGCCGGAGACGGCAUCGUUUAGUGACAUGCUUAAAAGCAAUGCUAAGAAAGAUAAUAAUGCUGCGGCUGCUGCUGCUUUAGAAAGUGCGGAUGGACAAGGGGGUAAAACCGGAAAGAAAAAAGGUAAAAAAGGGAGGCAAAUUGAUCCGGCGCUUCUAGGGUUUAAGGUUACCAGUAACCGAAUAAUGAUGGGCGAGAUUCAACGUAUAGAAGAUUAACCCGACCAGACCGGACCGGAUCGGAUCGUUUUUCUUGUUUUUGUUUUUCUCCAUUUGUUGUUUUGUUUUGUUAGGUUGUGUGGGUCGGCUUUUACAAUGUUUUGUGCAACGACUUGUUAUAGAGUGUUUUUUUACUCCCCCAUUUUUCAUCCUAAGGUUUGUGAUGUUUGGGGUGGGUUGGUAAGGUUAGGUUUGCAUAGAGUUUGUGCUUGUAAAGCUUUGUACAGACCCUUUCUUCUUUGUCUUUCUUUGGAAAGAUUUAAUAUCUAGUUAAAUUGAAAAUAAUAAGUCAGUCCUGUC